GUUCUUCGAACCUUUCCUCGGGCAAAGAUGAGGGCGACAAUGAUGACAUCGCUAUCCUGAGGAUGCGAGGUGCGAGGAAUAUUCUCAUGUUUUCUCUAUAGGCCUCUGUUGAGAAUCUUGAAGCGAUUCGAUUCCGCGCUCUGGCCUUGAACCAUGUUGUUGUUACCUCGAUCAAUAGCAUGCAUUAUCAUUGCUGUGGUAUCGCCCAGCCCCUGUGUCAACGGUUUUGAGGUCACAUCAAAUCCCUUUCAGAACGUCAACAGAAGGGAAGCAUUGGGAAGUGCAGCGGUCGCCCUUUCCACCCUGAUAUCCCAGCCUUUAACGGCAUCAGCAGCUGAAGUCGAUAAUACCAAUAAUGUGAAGAGUGAGAGUGUAGGUUUCCGAGCAUACAGCGUCAUCCCAGAUGCUUCAGCAUCCUUGAGUCCAGAAAUCAUGGCAAUUGAGAAAUCGUCACUCCUCAAGGAAGUAGCUGGUAUUGGCAACAAGGGUGGAGGGGCGCUUUGGCUGGGAGAACACCACAACUCCAUCAAGGAUCAUGACUUGCAAACAGACCUGAUCAAAGCAAUCUACCUGCAACGACAACUAGUCGGUACGGAAACUCCACCAGCAAUGGCCAUUGGACUGGAACAGGUCCAAAUUCAAUUCCAGUCGGCGUUGGACGACUACAUUCAAGGCAAGAUCUCUUUGCAAGAAAUGAAAUCACAAGUUCAGUGGGAUAAACGAUGGAUUUGGCCGUUUGAUGGAUAUGCACCCAUCUUUGAAACAGCCAAAGAGCUUCAGAUACCCCUCAUAGCGUUGAAUGUCAACUCGGAAGAUCUAGCCGAAGUGGAACGGGCUGGUCUUCCUGGACUGCCUCAAGAUCGAUUGAAACAAUACAUCAAAGACCCUCAAGGCUUUGCAGCUUUUGCCCAGCAACGAGAGUUCCGGGACUAUGUCAACUAUGUCAUUGCUCCAUCCUACGACAUGCACGAACGAAUGGGACUCCUCAAAACGACAAUAUCAGGUCUACAACUUGAAGAGAACAUGAGCUUUCGCAACUUUUUCAGUGGUCGGAUUCUCUGGGAUGAAUCCAUGGCAUCGCAUGCCCACUCGUGGGUGGUCGACAAUCCUGGAGGACUCCUCAUUGGUCUGGUAGGUGCCGAUCACGUCAAGUUUCGGGACGGCAUUCCUGGACGAUUCGCCCGCAUGGCCAGCAACGGUAUGACCUGCACGUCAGUCAUGCUCAAUCCAACGUUGAUUGAUACGCGACCGUCGGGCACCGUGGGCAACGUUGCCGAUGCAGCAUCCUCGCAAUAUCCCGAUAGAAUCACUCUGCAGCUACGAUAUCUCAAAGAUGGUGUUGACGUCCAAAACCCAGAGGAGAGACGGAGUCCCGAAAGCACGGCAGGUGUACUACCCUUGGCAGAUUACAUUGUGAUCAGUUGAUAAACUAUUGCUUAUAAGAAUAUUUCUUUGUCGUCUGAU